ACCAUAGAACAGGCUACAGCCAGAUCAGCACAGCACCACCCACAGUCAGCUGAGCGGAUCUCAUUCAAUGCCUCUUCAAAAGAUGUGUGGCGUGCAGACGUGAUUGUCCUUGUUCUUGUCCUUGUCCCAGGAGGGUAUCAUCAGGGUAUCAAAACCUUAAUAGUAGAGCAUCGUUAAGCUGAGAUCUAAAAAGGCAUCAUGGGUGGAGCGGUUGUAGACACUGGUGACUGUGGGGUCAAGGCACCUGAUGGAGGAUGGGGUUGGGCUGUCCUCUUUGGCUGCUUCGUUAUUACAGGCUUCUCCUACGCCUUCCCCAAAGCGGUCAGCGUCUUUUUCAAAGAACUUAUCCGGGAGUUUGGAGUGGGCUACAGUGACACUGCUUGGAUCUCCUCCAUACUACUUGCAAUGCUUUAUGGCACAGGGCCCAUAUGCAGCAUCCUAGUGAACCGGUUUGGGUGUCGCCCUGUGAUGAUGGUCGGGGGACUUUUUGCCUCGCUGGGCAUGAUUUUAGCAUCAUUUGCAACUAACAUCAUCCACAUCUAUAUUUGCACAGGAGUCAUAACAGGUUUGGGUCUUGCUCUGAACUUUCAGCCAUCCCUCAUCAUGCUGAACAGAUAUUUCAGUGAGAAAAGGCCCUUGGCCAAUGGGUUAGCUGCAGCUGGAAGUCCCGUGGCUCUGUGCUGUUUGUCUCCUCUUGGUCAGGUUCUUCAAUACAACUAUGGUUGGCGUGGAGGCUUUCUCAUCCUUGGAGGCAUUCUACUGAAUUGCUGUGCAUGUGGUGCCCUCAUGAGACCCUUGACAGCACCGAAAAAAACAAGCGAGGUGGAAGAAAAGGAGAAGGAAACCAAACCCAAACCAAAGCCCAAGCUUCUUGACUUUACCGUUUUUAAAGAUUGUGGCUUUUUGAUUUACACAGUGGCUGCGGCCAUCAUGGUGUUAGGUCUUUUUGUGCCUCCUGUGUUUGUUGUAAGCUAUGCCAAGGAACUGGGCAAUGAGGACACCAAGUCUUCCUUGCUGCUCACCAUACUAGGGUUCGUUGAUAUGUUCGCCAGACCAACAUGUGGUGUCAUCGCUGGGCUCAAGUGGGUUCGGCCAAGAUGUGUUUACCUCUUAAGUUUUGCUAUGAUCUUCAAUGGCACCACCGAUCUUAUCGGCUCCAUGUCCAAAGACUAUCCAUCUCUCGUGGUGUUUUGCAUCUUCUUCGGUAUCUCCUAUGGCAUGGUUGGAGCCUUGCAGUUCGAAGUGUUGAUGGCCAUUGUGGGGACAGAGAAGUUCUCCAGUGCCAUCGGCUUGGUGCUGUUGGUUGAAGCCUUUGCUGUGUUGUUGGGACCACCUGGUGCAGGUCUUCUUCUGGAUUACACAAAGAACUACAUGUUCGUCUUCCUGCUGGCCGGGUGUGAGGUGUUCCUCUCGGCCCUUGUGCUCGGAAUCUGUAACCUGCUCUUCAUCAAAAGGAAGCCUGAACAGCCUGACCCUCCAGCCAAGAUGGAGAUGGCCAUUAUCGACACAGAGAUGGAGGAGCUUAACAAAGCACCAAAGAACGAACAAGACAGCAGAGGAGGUGAAAAUGGAAAGAAGCAAGCCGUUGAGCAGGAAGCAACGGCAAAAUCUGAUGAUAAAAUAGUUCAAGAGCCUGAAAGCAUAGGGGUGGACUCAAUAGAGCUGGAGAACUCUUCCAAAAAUGUGACUGAACCAAAUGGUGUGGUUGUAGAACCUGAAUCCUCUCUGUAAAGAUACUAGAACAAUAGACAUGACAGAGCUUCUCUUGUAGGACUCCUGGACAUGCGUUUGAUGUUGUAGCGUAUGCUUUAUGUAUCGCACUUUAAAUGUGGUUGCAAAGGACUGCUUUCAGACCUGCUUAGUUAAGAUUCAGACAUUUUUAGGCAGACCACCACUUUGUAUGUUAGCAGAUAUGCCAAGAUGUGUUCUCAAAUUUGCAUUACAAAAAAAUUCUAUUUAUACAGUGGCACCAGAUAACACUCGGCUAGUAAACGCUCCACAUCAGAGCAGGUCACCAGCAUUAUACUGAAUGUUACCAGCUUGCUUCUUUGUGGCAUUCAGUGUUUGCUAAUGUGGGUUGUUGGUUCAUAGUACCUUUUAUCAUCCACUGUAACAUUUUUAACUGUUCCUGGGAGAGCACAGGCUUGUAAUAAAGUCCUGCAUUUCAGACAAAUGGAACCAGGUUAAUCUGAAUAACAUGCAAACGAGGAUCCUAGAUCCUAAUCUUUUUAAACUGAAAACAUUCUUGAGGAAUGUAGAGAGUUCAGACAAUGCUUGUUUUUGUGGAACAGUCUACUCCAAAUAUUGGAGGACAAAGCUGUUACAUUUUAUUUUAUGCUAUUUUGUUCAUUUCAACCUUCUUGUUUAGAUUCUGUAUUUAUAUUUAAGUUUUUUCAUAUUUGUAUUUUAUUCAUCUAAAUGUCUUGACCAACUGCAUCAGUCAGGAGAGGACCACAGAUUGUACUUGUGAUAUGUUGGUAACGUAUUUAAAAAAAAUAUUUUUUUUUUGCAAACCAAAUCGUACUGCAGUAUUUAUGAAAAUGUUUGUGUGGAUAAAACCCUUUAAAUGUUACCUUGUUUUUUCUUUCACCAGCAGUUUGAGUAGGGACCCUCUUCUGCUACGUUCUUAAGACACUUAAGCUAUUUUUGGUUGUGCCUUAAGUCUUGUAGCCAUGCAGAAUUUGUGAAAUACAUUUUAGAAAUAAAUACAUCUUCACUCUCCAC